GUCAAUUCACUUUGGCCCAUGAUGUGAUCAUUUUCAUCUUCCCACCUUCUCUCUUCCUCCUCCUACCCUCCACCACUUUAAGUGUUUUUACCUAUUUUCUUGACUCUCAGAAAAGAGAGAGAUUGAUCAAACAUCAUCGGCGUUUCGCCAGUGAUGUCGAUCGACAGAGGGAAAGAUCGAGCCGAGGGAUCGUCCGAAUCCCCCAGCGAUCAACCGGCCACACCGAGCCGGUACGAGUCUCAGAAGAGAAGAGACUGGAACACGUUCGGCCAGUACUUGAACAAUCAAAGGCCGCCGGUCUCCUUAUCCCAGUGCACUAGCAACCAUGUACUUGAGUUCCUUAGAUACCUAGACCAGUUCGGGAAGACUAAGGUUCACCUACAAGGUUGUAUUUUCUACGGGCAGCCCGAACCGCCCGCUCCUUGCACCUGCCCUCUCAGACAAGCUUGGGGCAGCCUUGAUGCCCUCAUUGGCCGCCUCCGGGCAGCCUAUGAGGAGAACGGCGGGACGCCUGAGAUGAACCCUUUUGCUAGCAGCGCGAUUCGUGUUUAUCUGAGGGAGGUGAAGGAGUGUCAGGCGAAGGCAAGAGGGAUUCCUUACAAGAAGAAAAAGAAGAAGGCGAGUCAAGGCGCGGCCGACGACGAAUCGAGCUCAAUGAUGAGGUUUUCCUGACUCUAUGGCUGCCCGGCAAAAAACAGGAAUUGCGUGGAAGAUCGAUGAUAGAGAUUGAAAUGAGGCCAUUGAAGUUCCCCUUCGUCGAUCGUUUACUACUUUCCCCUCAGCUAAUACAUAUAUAGUUUCUACUACGGGGCUUUCAUAUGUAUAAUUCUCGUUGUCAUUUGUUUCUUAUUUCAGAACUUUGAAGAUCCUACUUGCUCUUUGCAUAAGCCAAGCUAGGUUCAUAUGCUUAAAUAUGCGAUUUUUGUAUA